CAUCUCUCUCUCUCUCUCUCUCAUGGAUCAUCUCUUCACAAAAUCGGCCUUUUGCACUCUUCUGUCAAUAACGCUUCUCGCAUUCAACAAGCACCUCGUUUCUAAUGUCUCCCUCCCUUUUCCAAUUAUAACACUCGUAUCAAUCACUCUCCCUUUGCUGCCCUUCAUAACCUACUUCUUACGAACCAAUUCCAAGCCCUCCACCAGCCUCCCCCCAGGCCCCCUCUCCUUCCCAAUCUUUGGCAACUGGCUUCAAGUUGGCAAUGACCUCAACCACCGCCUUCUCGCCAACUUCUCCCAAACCUACGGACCCGUCUUCCUCCUUAAACUCGGCUCUACAAACCUAGCAGUGGUGUCGGAUCCUGAGCUCGCCAGCCAAGUCCUCCAUGCGCAGGGCGUCGAGUUCGGGUCUCGCCCCCGAAACGUCGUGUUUGACAUCUUCACUGGCAACGGACAGGACAUGGUCUUCACUGUCUAUGGCGAUCACUGGCGGAAAAUGCGCCGCAUAAUGACGCUCCCAUUCUUCACCAACAGGGUGGUGCACAGCUAUAGCGAUAUGUGGGAGGAAGAAAUGGACUUGGUGGUUCGUGACCUGAAAAACGAUGAGAGAGUUGGGAAGGAAGGGAUUGUUGUAAGGAAGCGUUUGCAGCUGAUGCUGUACAAUAUCAUGUAUCGGAUCAUGUUUGACGCCAAGUUCGAGUCGCAGGAGGAUCCGUUGUUCGUUGAGGCUACCAUGUUCAACUCCGAGAGAAGCCGGUUGGCUCAGAGUUUUGAGUAUAACUAUGGGGAUUUUAUUCCUUUGCUCAGACCAUUUUUGAGGGGCUACUUGAGCAAGUGCAGGGAUUUGCAGAGCAGGAGACUAGCGUUUUUCAACAAUCAUUACGUUGAAAAAAGAAGGAAAAUUAUGGCUGCCAACGGAGGGAAGCACGAGAUAAGCUGCGCCAUUGAUCACAUAAUAUAUGCUCAAAUGAAGGGAGAAAUCAGUGAGGAGAAUGUGCUCUACAUUGUGGAGAACAUCAACGUCGCAGCCAUUGAGACAACUCUGUGGUCCAUGGAGUGGGCCAUAGCUGAGCUAGUUAACCAUCCGAGCGCUCAAAGCAGGAUCCGAGAUGAGAUCUCGACUGUCCUCAAGGGAAGUCCAGUCACAGAAUCUACUCUGCAUGAACUACCAUACUUGCAAGCCACAGUGAAAGAAACGCUAAGGCUGCAUACGCCAAUACCCCUGCUAGUACCUCACAUGAACCUUGAAGAAGCAAAGCUUGGUGGUUAUACCAUUCCUAAAGAGUCAAAGGUGGUUGUCAACGCCUGGUGGCUAGCCAACAACCCUGCUUGGUGGAAAAACCCAACAGAAUUCCGGCCAGAGCGAUUCUUGGAAGAGGAAAGCAGCACAGAUGCAGUUGCCGGUGGGAAGGUUGACUUUCGGUACUUACCGUUCGGUGUUGGCCGGAGGAGCUGCCCCGGAAUCAUCCUUGCACUGCCUAUUUUGGGACUCGUCAUUGCAAAAUUGGUAACAGAUUUUGAAAUGCAAGCUCCACCGGGCUCAGAGAAAAUCAAUGUGGAAGAAAAGGGUGGGCAGUUCAGUUUGCACAUUGCAAACCAUUCGACAGUCGUCUUCAAACCAAUCAAGGCGUAAUUUGAACGUGAAAUUUACACCAAGAAAAAUGUACCUAGACAGGGACACCUAUUUCUGCCCCCACUUGGUUCCGCUAAAUCCUUUUCUGCCAUUUUUUUUUUUUUUUUCCGUUAGCCACAAAAUUGAAACAGAAAGUGAAAAUUUGAUGAGAAAAAUUGAAACGAGUGAAAUUAGUGCUGUGUGUGUUAAGUUUCAUAUCCAAUUUAUUACAAGCAGUGAAUAAAUUAAUGAGUUAUCACUAA